UUUUGACUCACUUUUAGCUCAACAUAGUACUCUCUUGCCUUGUAAGCAAACUAAAGCAAAAAUAGUGGGAUUUUAGUGGACCAUUUACCUUACAUCUCCCAUUUAUUUAACCCCUACUCUUCAAUCUCCAUUGUGUGGUGGUGUGGUGAAUUCUUGAGAUACCACACGAACCCAAAAACCAAAAAAAAAAUCCAAUCUUUUUCGAUGCCCAACAUGAGAAUAACUCUAUUGUUCAACUAUUUGUCGCUCAUUCUAGCUAUUCAAAUUGCAUCGAGUCUCAAGUCGGCCUUAUCAGCACCUGAAGCUGCUCUUGUAAAAGGUCUUCCUGGUUUUAAUGGCAGUUUUCCUUCCAACCACUACUCAGGGUAUGUCACCAUAGAUAAAACUCAUGGUAAGAAAUUAUUCUACUAUUUCGUUGAGUCUGAAAGUAAUCCAGCAAAGGACCCUGUUGUUCUCUGGCUUAAUGGUGGGCCGGGCUGCUCGAGCUUUGAUGGGUUCGUGUACGAGCAUGGUCCAUUUAAUUUUGAGGCGGGAAAGACACAUAGUAGCCUUCCCACUCUUCAUCUCAACCCGUACAGCUGGUCCAAGGUAUCUAGCGUUAUAUAUCUAGAUUCUCCUGCUGGUGUUGGGUUAUCUUACUCAGGCAAUGAAUCUGACUACACAACGGGUGACUUGAAAACUGCCUCCGACUCGCAUACUUUCCUCCUCAAGUGGUUUGAGCUCUACCCAGAAUUCAUAUCAAAUCCAUUCUUUAUAUCUGGAGAAUCAUAUGCUGGAAUUUAUGUGCCGACUUUGGCUUAUGAAGUAGCUCAAGGAAUUGAUGGUGGUGUAAAGCCCAUUAUCAACCUGAAGGGUUACAUGGUGGGGAAUGGAGUUACGGAUGAUGUGAUUGACGGUAAUGCCCUUGUACCGUUUGCGCACGGUAUGGGUCUUAUAUCAGACGAACUUUUUGAGGCAGUUAGUGACGAAUGCAAUGGAAACUACUACAAUCCCGAUGGUGAAAAUUGUGAAAACAAUCUUGCAAAAGUCGAUGCAGCAAUCGCGGGCCUGAACAUAUACGACAUUCUCGAGCCAUGCUACCAUAGCCCAUCAAGUAAAAUCCUGCUCGAGAAUACAAAUUUGCCACCGAGCUUUAGGAGAUUAGGCGAGACCGAAAGGCUUUUGCCGGUUAGAAAGAGAAUGUUUGGUCGUGCUUGGCCUUUUCGAGCACCUGUAAGAGAAGGAUAUGUUCCGACUUGGCCUCAACUUAUGAACAGCGAAGAUGUUCCUUGCACUGAUGAUGAAGUUGCAAAUGCAUGGCUGAACAAUGAAGCAGUUCGGAAAGCAAUUCACGCUGAUAGUGAAAGUAAGGCUGGUAAAUGGGAUCUUUGUACCGACAGAAUUAUAUUUACUCAUGAUGCCGGGAGCAUGAUUAAGUAUCACAAAAACCUCACGUCUAAGGGCUAUCGAGCACUCAUAUACAGUGGGGACCAUGAUAUGUGUGUUCCAUACACGGGAAGUGAAGCUUGGGUAAGAUCGGUUGGUUAUAAAAUUGUUGAUGAGUGGAGGCCUUGGAUUGUGAAAGAUCAAGUUGCCGGGUACAUUCAGGGUUAUGAGAAGAACCUCACAUUUCUCACUAUAAAGGGAGCUGGACACACGGUGCCAGAAUACAAACCACAAGAGGCUUUGCAGUUCUAUUCACGUUGGCUGGAGGGCCUUAAGAUUUGAAACAAAAUCUGUUUAUUUAUAUAUUUAUAUUUAUAUUCAUAUAUAUAUGGGACAAAAUACAAUGUAGUUAUGAACUCAUUCUCUGCCCUUUCUAGUUUCUAGUCUCUCUGUCUUGUUGACAGUUGAACUUGAGCUAUGGAAAACAGAUAGAACUAUUUUACAUAAGAUGGUGUAAUUGCUAUUUAUUCAAUAAAAAAGGAAUGCUAGUGCAUUCAUUAUACAUGUUUCUGGUCAAAUGAAAGUUCUUAAUGAAAAAAAUGAGCAUGAGAUUAAUGGUGUUUUUCAAGCUAAGCGAAGCAUUUUGUGUUUGAGCUCGUGUUAAUUCAAUUGUUAGCUUGUGUAACAAAUUCAAAAUCAUAAUUGAGCUGCUCGAGAGGAUGAUUUGUGCGUUCGCGAACAUCAUUGACUCGAUUCUCGAUUGCUCUUUCGAAACCUAUGAAAUAUAAAAAUAAUAAACUAGUUAUUCGCGAACGAACAACGUCGACUCAUUUAAUAAAGAAGUUCGAUUAGUUGUUCGAGUUUGACUAAUCUAAGUAAACAAACUAACUAAUAUUUGUGAACAGUGGAGUUUGACUCAUCUAAGUAAACGAACUAACUAAUGUUUGUGAACAACUCAGUUCGAAUAAGAGUUGUCUUAGUGAA